AUGAUGUCCAAGCUUCCUCGGCCAGGGGUUUUAGGCCAUGAAUCCGAAUUAGUGGACAGCCUUGACGCAAGCACAGAAAUUUAUUCUGAUGGAAAUCUCAAGCCAGUCGUUUCCAAAUUGGCCAGCAUACAUGCCCUUCCGGAAUUUGAAGUUUACUGGGAUUCUGAAGACCCCGAAAAUCCUCGCCUAUGGCCGCUUUGGUACAAAGGCCUCACUGUUGCUGCUAUGAGCCUUGGGGCUACCAUUGUCAGUCUCUCUAGCACAUUAUAUACAUCUGGGAUCCCAGGGUUACAGGAGGAAUUCCACAUUUCCAAGAUCGUGGCCCUCCUCGGUGUCACGACCUACCUUUUAGGAAUGGCGAUAGGCAGCAUCCUCUUUGCUCCACUUAGCGAGCUUCUGGGUCGCCGGCCAAUUUACAUUGUCUCAAUGACAAUCUUUCUGUUGCUACUAUUGCCGAGUGCUUUAGCGCAGAAUAUUCAAUCCAUUCUUGUGGGUAGAUUCUUCGGAGGAUUCUUCGGGAGUGCAUUGAUGUCGAACUCGCCCGCAUCUGUGAACGACAUCGUCUCCGAUAAGCACCGGGCUUUGGCCUUUGGCUUCUGGUCUAUUGGUCCUAGCAAUGGCCCCGUCUAUGGCCCGAUAAUUGGGGGCUUUGUGUUUCAAUAUCUUGGUUGGAGAUGGACAAAUUGGAUUAUCCUUAUCAUUGGCGGUGUCGUCUUGGUUCUGGUCGCCUCUGUCAAAGAAACAUAUGCCCCGGUGAUUUUAAAGAGACGGGCCACCAGAAAACGAAAGGAGACGCAGAAUUCAAAAUGGUGGACUCGUUAUGAUGAUAGACUUGGUUUCAUGUCUUUACUAAGGGUAAAUCUCAAAAGACCCUUUGUGAUGCUCUUUACUGAACCGAUAUGUAUGUUCUGGGAUGGCUAUGUCGCAAUCGUUUAUGGCAUUCUCUACUUAUGUUUCGUCGCGUAUCCAAUCGCUUUCCAGCAAGAGCGUGGAUGGUCGCCGGGUAUUGGCGGUCUUUCGUUCAUUGGCAUUGGUGUCGGCGUUUUACUCGCCAUCGCAUGCGAGCCUGUGUUUCGCAAGGUUAUCUAUCUUCACCGCAAAAAUCCAGAAACCGGCGUGGUACCACCUGAGGCCAUGGUCAGUAUCAUUUUCUUUGGUGCUACUCUUCUAGCCAUUGGUCAGCUGUGGUUUUCCUGGACUUGCACACCAAACGUUCACUGGAUCAUCCCUAUACUCUCCGGUCUGCCUUUUGGUGUGGGAAAUGCGUGCGUCUUCAUUUAUGCCCAAAACUACAUAGCCCAGUCUUAUGGCCUAUAUUCUGCAUCUGCGCUUGCAGGAAAUAUGUUCACACGCAGUGUCAUGGGAGCAUUCCUCCCACUUGCGGGUCCAGCGAUGUAUAAGACCCUCGGCUUGAACUGGGCAGGUACAAUCCUAGGACUUGUAGAGGCAGCUUGUAUCACGAUCCCUGUGGUUUUCUAUUUUUAUGGUCACAAAAUUCGAGAGGCAAGUUCGCUUAUCAAAGAGGCGAAGAAAUUACAAGCGGCAAGUUGA